AUGUCGACGUUUGGGGAUUAUCAUCGCCGGCAAAGAAAGAUGUUCAACCCAGUAUUCUCUGUCUCGACCUUCUGUGAAAUGGUACCCACCUUCUACUGUGUAACUUAUCAGCUCCGAGACUCUACCGUGAAGAAGGUUAGAAACGGCCCUCAAGAGGCUGGCUUUGCGGCUAAAGGUCUCGCUCAUCCAAGCAUACUUGUUCCACAUGGCCAUAUUGGUAGCCCACGAUUCCGCCGCUUCAUCAUCGACGUACUUCCGUGGAAGAACAUGCACGAUGUGUACGACAUUGUCGAUGCUAUGCACAAGACAUCCUUGGAAAUAUUCAAAUCGAAGAAGAAGGCUUCGUCGGAUGGGGACGACGUCGUGGCAAGGCAGAUCGGGCGGGAUAAGGAGAUCAUGAGCAUACUAAUGAGAGCCAAUAUGGAUGCUUCUGAAGAGGAUAGGCUUGAAGAUGAUGAACUUAUUGUGCAAGUAUCAAACUUUGACAUUCACUGCGGUGGACACGACGCCGAGCGCACUAUUUCUUAUAAUCCACUUACCAUCGCAGCAUCCAGACAUCCGAGAGAAAUUGUGUCGCGAGGUCACCGACCUCCCUUACGAUGA